CAGUCGGCGCAGAGCGUUCGUUCCCGGUGAACUUGAGUCCUCGCGGUCGCGCGUUCCCCUGCCCUGUUUCGGCGCGCGAGUUCACCCGAGCACACAAGACACGGCACUCCAAGUGCACUUUCGAGCACUUGCGGCGUCAAGCACUCGAGUCGCUGCAGCGCAUUUCUCCAAUGCCCGAUUACCUCUUCUUCUGCGUCAAGAAGUUCCUUUUCCUCGUCCGCAAGAAAGGCAAAAAGGCUCGUCUCGAAGUGUGAAGUGCGGCCGGAGUCACAGUCGAACUUCAUCCCGAGAGGUUCGUUGAAUUUUUUUCAAAAUCGAGGACGGAUCAGGGGAGCACAUGGAUAGCAUUCCGAGCGCCCCGAAAGUUGUGUUCCAGUGUUGUAAAGUUUAAAUCGUUGCCCCUUUAUUUGUCGUCGGGCCCGCCGCUCGGCAUACGAAACUAGUGCUUCCUGUGAAAGGGGAAUUGUUGUGAAACUGUGAAGUGUUCUAAAAAUAAGCGUUGGAGUGUCUCUAUUUGGAUUAUCUCUCAUUCGUCGUCAGUUUAAGGAUUGUGUGAACUCAGGUUAAAAUGGAUACAGGUAUCAAGCUCGAGGAGCGGACUGAUACCGGGGUGGGGAACGGGAAGAAUGGGGUAAAUGGGGGGAGCGCCAGCCCUCCCUCGACUUUGGUCACAAUCCCCCCGGGCACACCCCCACUCACACGACGGCACGUUCUCAAAAGGCCUCCGGUUGACAUAGAAUUCAGCGAUCUCACCUAUGUAGUCCCCGUUGGCAGAAAUGGUCACAAAAUGAUCUUGAGGAGUAUCAGUGGGCUUUUCAAAUCAGGGGAACUGACAGCUAUAUUAGGACCAUCGGGGGCUGGUAAAAGCACACUGCUGAACGUUUUAGCGGGUUACAAAACUCAAGAUGCAACGGGGGCAAUAUACGUAAAUGGGCGACCACGAGAUAUGAAGCAGUUCCGGAAACUGUCUCGGUAUAUCAUGCAAGAGGAUCUUCUUCAGCCGGGAAUCACCGUUGUUGAAUCCAUUAGGAUAGCUGCAGAUCUCAAACUAGGCAACACACUCUCUCGCAAAGAAAAAUCAGAGACAGUGGAAGAAAUUAUGUCACUUUUGUCAUUAGCGCGGUGUCGAAACACACUAACGACGCUGCUGUCAGGAGGUGAAAGGAAACGGUUAUCUAUAGCUUUGGAACUUGUGAAUAACCCACCCGUGAUAUUUUUAGACGAACCUACGACGGGUCUGGACGACGUGUCUAGCGCGCAGUGUAUCACGCUAAUGAAGGCGCUGGCGGCGGAGGGUCGAACCGUGAUCUGCUCGAUACACACCCCCUCGGCGAGGCUCUUCGCCAUGUUCGACCAUGUCUACAUCGUCUCAGAGGGCCAGUGCGUCUUUGCAGGCCAAAAUCAGCACAUCGUUCCUUUCUUGGCGCAGCACGACCUGUACUGCCCAAAACACUACAACCCCGCCGACUUCAUGAUCGAAGUUUCGAGUGGAGAGUAUGGUAACUUUACGGAGAAGUUAUCUAAAACUGUCGACAACGGGCGUUGCUUCCGAUGGAAUCAAGAAAAUCAAAGUUCCUCAAUUCGAAGGCCUUUAGGUAGAGAUGAUAGAGGGCCAAGGAAAACUUACGAAUCCCAUUCGAAACAUCUUUACGAUUUUGAUAGCUCUAGCUGGAGCCAGUUUCUUAUUUUACUCAACCGGAUGAUUUUGCAACAUCGACGGAAUAAAGGUUAUUUAUUGCUGAAAGCUGUGAUGUUCGUUUUUGUCAGUCUCAUCAUUGGAGGAAUGUUCUUCCAAAUGGGUAACGAUGGCUCGAAAACGAUUUUUAAUUUUGGAUUCUGUUUCGUCACUAUCAUCGUGUUUCUGUACAUACCUAUGCUGCCAGUCCUACUACAUUUUCCGCAGGAGGUUCAGCUAUUAAAACGAGAGUAUUUUAAUCGAUGGUACAGCCUAAAUGCUUACUUUUUCGCCAUGAUCUUCUCAAGAAUUCCUCUGCAGAUGAUGCUGUCAACAGUGUAUAUAGUGUUAGCCUACUUUUUAACAGACCAACCAAUGGAAUGGUCUCGAGGGUUGAAGUUCGCCGCCAUUUGCUACCUCAUUGCCAUUACGUCGGAGGGAAUGGCAUUAACGAUAUCAUCUAGACUGAGUAUUGUAAAUAGUGUAUUCGUAGGUCCAUGUUUGUCCGUUCCUUUGAUGUUGCUGGCUGCUUACGGUUUGGGCGACAGCGAUCAUAUUCCAAUCCUGAUUCGACUGGCUAUGUAUUUCAGUUACUUACGUUACGGUCUUGAAGGCUUAACGAUGGCGAUCUACGGCGACAACCGGGCGAAGAUGAUGUGUCCGACCGAAGAGAUGGUGUGCGAGCUGCGGGAGCCCCGCGCCCUCCUCAAGGAAGUGGGGAUGGAGGACGUUGACUACUGGACGGACUUUGUCGCCCUCGUCGGAAUCUUCGUCCUCUUCAAGCUCACACUGUACGUCUUCCUACGUCAAAGGCUCAGCUCCCGCAAAUCCUGGUCGGCCCUCUCCUACGUCAUCAGAUUCAUCAAGUCUUACAUCGAGCACUGAUCCUCGCAUCGAACAAGCAUCGCCUAAACUAAAAACUAUCAUCGUAUACGGUUGUGAACGUUGCACGAGUCGUUUAGACUUAGAUAUUGUCAUCGUGAUCGCAGACCGAUGACGCCGCGAUGGACGAUGAAUUCC